AUGGCACCCAAAAACAAGGGCGCAGAUAAAGGCGCGGCUGCAAAAGACAAGGGGAAGGGCAAAGGCAAGGCCGAGCCUGAGGAGAAGGGCGGGAAGGUCAAGGGCGCGCAGCAGAUCAAUGUCCGGCAUAUUCUGUGCGAGAAGCAUGCGAAAAAGGAAGAAGCCCUGGAGAAGUUGAAGGGUGGUGCGAAGUUUGACGAAGUUGCAAAGGAGUUUUCGGAGGAUAAAGCUAGAGCUGGGGGCGCUUUGGGAUGGAAGAGGAGGGGCGACCUGGAGCCUGCAUUCGAAACGGUUGCUUUCGAGCUGGAAGCCUCCACUACGGCAAAUCCAAGAUAUGCGGAGGCCAAAACCGGAUUCGGGUAUCACAUCAUGAUGGUUGAGGGUAGAAAAUGA